AUGAUUGUUGAGAACGUUGUUGGAGAACAGAUUGUGAAGCCUACGGAUACUUUGUUACCUUACCAUGCCCGACCAGAGUGGGCACAGAGAGUUAAAAAGGAAAGCGCUCAACUCAUAAAACAUUUCCACUUGGACCAACUGGAGCAGAUAUCGCAUAGCUCAGGUCGGAAGAGAGCAGGUGAUGGCACAUCGCAAGGCGGACGAGCGAAGGUGACGAAGCCUGAUGCAUCCCAAGUUGAUGCUCGUGAAUUGGCUGAAAAAGGG